AUGUGCCUGAUCGGUCUCUUGCUGGCCUUCCGAUCCAGGAAGGAGUUGUCAAGGCACGAGCACAGGCCCAGCAGCAGGCACAGUCACAGACACAGUCACAGGCACAGUCACAGUCACAGCGACAGCCAAAAACACAGGCACAGCAGCGAACGCAGGCACAGGAGCUCCAGCCACCGACGCUCCGAGCACCCGCGACGAGAGGAAUCCCGGUCCCGGCGGCACGAGAAAGACGAGCGGAAGGACGCGGCACUCCUGACCGAGGACGCCCUGGCGCGGCUGUGCCUGUCGCUCGAGAAGGGCCUCCUCGAGGAACAGCGGAGAUGGCGGGACCAGGAGCUGCUGGACCGGCAGGAGCGGCAGCGGCUGGGCCUCGAACCAUCACCACCACCACCACCACCACCACAGCGGCCGCCGUCCGAGGAAGCGCCGCCAUACAGCCUCCGGGAUGAAAACGCACGCCAGCCGACGCCCGUGCCCGCGCCCGCGCCCGAGUACCAGGCCGACGCGGCGGCGGCCGGCAGCCCAGAACGGCGCAGCCGAGACCCGCCCGCGCCGGCGUACCGUUAUUGCUGUCCGAAUUGCCUGUGCACCGCCCCGCGCGUUUCUUCUACCGUUAAACGGCCGACGGUUCCUGAGCUGGAUGGCGGCCGGAGCAGAGAAUAA